UUCUCGCCGUUCUCUCCGCAGCCGAUACCGCCCGCGCUCGCUCCCGCCCCCGGCACGACACCCGCUUCUGGGAACGGAGCGGCGGGGGCGUCUGCCCGCGGCGAGCGGGGGGUGGCAGCGCCCCGUGGGGCUGGGGAGGACCGGCGGGAACGGAGUCACCUCUCGUUUCCUCACCGCCGGUCUCGGGAGGCGGCGGCGGCCAGGGGAAGCGAGCCCGGGGGGGCCUCGGCUGCGGGCCCCGGCAGCGGGGCGGCCCCGCCCCGAGGCAGGACGAUGCCGGUAAAGAAGAAGAGGAAGUCCUCGGGGGCGGCGGCGGCGGACGACACCGGCCUCAAGAAAUGUAAACUCGGCAGAUCGCAAGCAUCUGGUAAAGUAAUAAGUGGAGAGGAACAUUUUUCAAGCAAAAAGUGCCUGGCUUGGUUUUAUGAAUAUGCAGGUCCUGAUGAAGUUGUAGGCCCUGAAGGAAUGGAAAAAUUCUGUGAAGACAUCGGUGUUGAACCUGAAAAUAUUAUUAUGUUAGUUUUAGCCUGGAAACUAGAGGCUGAAAGCAUGGGAUUUUUUACCAAGGAAGAAUGGUUAAAAGGAAUGACCUCAUUACAGUGUGACUGUACAGAAAAAUUACAGAGUAAAUUUGACUUCUUACGGUCACAGUUGAAUGACAUUUCAUCCUUUAAGAAUAUCUACAGAUACGCCUUUGAUUUUGCAAGGGAAAAAGACCAGAGAAGUCUUGAUAUUGAUACUGCGAAGUCCAUGUUAGCUCUUCUGCUCGGAAGAACUUGGCCACUGUUUUCAGUAUUUUAUCAAUACCUGGAGCAAUCGAAGUAUAGAGUUAUGAAUAAGGAUCAGUGGUACAAUGUACUAGAGUUCAGCAGGACUGUCCAUGCAGAUCUUAGCAACUAUGAUGAAGAUGGUGCAUGGCCCGUACUUCUGGAUGAAUUUGUUGAAUGGCAGAAAGUUCGUCAAGCGUCAUAGCAAGAAUUCAAAAGAAAAUGCAAAAGUUUUUUUUUGGUGCCCGCCUGUACACAAAGUAAUGAGAAAAACAAAGGAUUGCAUUUUCAUUCAUAAGAAAGACUUUACAGUAAUUUUUUUUUCCUUUUUUAAGGAGACUUUCUUGUUACAUGUGAUAUGGGCAUUGAACCACACCUCUUCUGAGACUGAAAGUUGGAUUUCUUGUUUUGAGUCUUAUGUUUAUAGCAUUUAUUUCAGAACAAUAAAGAUUCAGAUUUGUGACAAAGGCCUAAAA